AUGGCUGAGCUCGCUGCGCCAGCUGGCGACGACCUCCAGCAGCAGCUCGAGUCUCUCCGCGCCGUAUCGACUCGCCAGCAACUCGAGUCGGAACAGGCGCUGCACGACCUCUCGUCGAAGCUCUCGGCGGCCGAACAGGACCUCGCGAGUGUCCGAGGCGAGCUUGCAUCUGCCAAGACUAAGGCGGAACAGGAGCGCGCGAAGAGGGAGGAGGCAGAGAGGCGGGUUGCUCAACAAGAUGAGCGGAGAAAGGGAGACCAGGGCGUCGAGGAGGAGGCUAGGAAGAAGCUGGAGCAGUGUGAACGGGAGAAGCGGGACCUGAUCGAGGCAGUCGAGAAGGAGCAGCGCGAACGGGCGUCUGUUGAAGAAUCGCUCGAGUCGCUACGGACGUCGUACACUGCCCUCCGAACGACCAACUCGGAACUCGAAGGUCAACUCGCCGAAGCGUCCAGCACCUCGCGCACCUCCCUCCUCCGCAUCCAGACUCUCCAGAGCACCGUAUCGUCCCUCGAAGCCGACAAGUCCUUCCUUACGAGCGAACUCGAGCGUGGACGGGCGGAAUGGUCGACCUACCGUCACGAAAAGCACGAGGAGCUUGUCCAGCUCCGCGAGCAGCUCGAGACGAAGACGAUCGAGGAACGCGCAGCCAAGUCGUCGCUGGAGGGUCUCCGCAAGGCGCACGAGACGCUCGAGAAGCGGCAUGAGGAGACAAUCGCCGAACUCGCCAAGGUUCGAGGCGAGCUCGCCAGCAGCGAGAACCAGUUUGCGACGGAGAUGUCGAGCAUGAGGCGAUUGGUCGACUUGAUGGAGAAGCGGGAGGAGGAGCGAAAGAAGCGGGUGGAGGAUGUCGAGAAGGCGCUCGAGGAGGAGAGGGCAGCGUUGCAGGAGAAGGAGGAGGAGCUCAAGGACCAGCUGCUGCAGGAGUGCGAGCGGGCAGACUCGCUCGAGUCGCGCAACGCCGAGCUUCGCGAGGCUCUCGAGCGGGGCAACUCGUUCACCUUCGCCAAUGGCGUCCGCGACUCAUCCGUCGCCCCCGGCUCGCCAAGUGGCUCUAUCGCAUCAGGCUCGUUUGCCCUCAGCCCGUCGGCGCAGCUCGCUGUGCGCGGUCAGAAGAGCGGACGGAGCUACGCCGAGAUCUACGGCGAGUACAUCAAGAUGGAGGAGGAGCUUGCGAGGGAGCGGGCCGAGACCAAGAGGCUCGGCGAGGUGCUCACGCAAAUCCUUGGCGACAUUGAGGAGCGGGCACCUCUCCUGCACGAGCAGCGGCUCGAAUACGAGCGACUGUCAGCCGAAGCCACCGACCUCGCUUCUCAACUCGCCCAGGCCCUCACCGACCGCGACACUUCCGAGCGCCGCGCCGAAUCUCUCCGCCUCGACGUUAGCCGCCUCUCGACCGACAACACCAUCCUUACGCAGCAGCUCUCCGAUCUCGGCCGUCAAGUUCGCACCCUGUCUCGUGUGCUCGCGGCGCAGGAGAACUCGUCGAUCCAGGGCGAUGCGAACGAGUUUGACGAGGACGAGGCUGCCAUCCUGCGACGAGCGGAAGAGAUUGGCGACACCGACUCGGUCGUCUCCGCCCACCUCGUCACCUUCCGCACGGUCAACGAGCUUCAGGUGCAGAAUCAGAAGUUGCUCAAGAUCACGCGCCAGAUGGGACACCAGCUCGAGCAAGGCGAGCAGGAGGCAGCGGCUAGGCGACAGGGCGAGGAGAACAAGGCGGUCGAGGAGGCGCACGAGCUCAUCCUGCGAUUGAAGGAGGAGAUCGAAGCGCAGCGUGCGAGAACCGAGGCGUACGAGAAGGAGCGUGACAUGUUCCGGCGGAUGCUGGCGCAGCGAGGUGCAGCAGGAGGAGCCGCAGGUUCCGUAACCGCGACGAACGGUGCCGGUGACGGCUUCACAGGCGACAUUGAAGCGUCAAGGAUGCUCGCCGAGGUUCAGGCCAACUUCGACGCUUACAAGGCCGAGAUCGCCAUCGACACCCAGAAGCUGCGAGAAGACCUCACGCAGGCACAGAAGGACGCGGCCACUGCGCGGACCGAGUUGGCGAAGAGCAAGGCGCAGGCAGAACAUCUGGCCGAGCGCUUCCGCCUCUUGACCGAGUCGUACGACUUGCAGAAGACGGAGGUCUCGCAGAUGUCGAAGCGUAACCUCGAGCUGCAGCAGAUGCUCGCCAAGCGCGACAUGGCGACGCACAAGAUGUCGGAGGACCUCUUCGAAUUGCGCGGAACCGCCGACCAGCUGCGCCACGAGAACACCAACCUCAAGUCGGAGCGGGAGAUUCUCAAGAACGUCGAGAAGCGGCUGAGCGAGGAGAACGCGGCACUGAGCAAGGAGCGCGCUCACCUCGCCGACCUCAUGCGCAACCUGCAGACGAUGCAGAAUGAGCUCGAACGUGGCAGCAACGACGCCCGCCGUCGCCUCGAGGAGCAGGUUACCCGCCUCGAGACUCAGGCUGCCGAGCUCAAGGAGCGACUCAACCAGGAGUCCGAUACGAACCGCCAGCUCGCUCUCCGCAAGGAGAUCGAGUCGAAGACCUUCCAGGAGCGCAUCGACAAGCUCAACGCCGACUACGCCGAGACGCGCGAGAAGCUCGUUGCCGCAGAGACUUCGCAGCAACACCUCGAGCAGCGCGUCCAGGAUCUCGUCCUGCAGGUCGAGGCCAAGGAGGAGAAGCUCGCCGUCUACGAAGGGCGCUCGGCGUCCGGCGAGUCGUCUCAGUCUGCCGAGGAGCAGCUUCAGGUCACGGUUGCGGAUCUUCGUAACGAGCUCCGCGCGGUCAGGAGCGAGCUCGACCGCGCCAAGGAGCACGUCAAGCAGUACCAGGCCAUCGCGGAGACCCAAGGCGAGAGCCUGCGCGAGGUCACGGCGACCUACGAGGAGUACAAGACCUCGACCGAGUCUGCCAUUGCUGAGAAGGACAGCGAGAUCAGCAGCCUCCGCGAGCGACUGCACUCGCUCACGACCGACCUCACCGCCUCGAACGCCCAGAACUCGGAGCUCCACCGCCAGAUCGAGGCCGAGCGCGUCGCCUUCGAAAAGGAGCGCAAGACGUUCGAGGACGGCAUGGCCGGCUUGCGCGCUGCCGACGAGGCUGCCAGGCAGGCUCAGCUCGCCGCCCAGGACGACAUGCGGCGACAAGCGCAAGCUGCGAAGGACGCCCACGACAAGUACGAGCGCGAGCUGGUUGCGCAUGCCGAGGACGUCAAGCGGCUCACCGAGGUCAAGGAGGAGCUCGAGCGCGUCCGCGGCACCGUCCGCGAGCAUGAGUCUGCCGCCCAGGUCGCUCGUGCUAACUUGACGGCCGCCGAGGAAAGCUGGACGAGGCAGAAGACGGUCCUUGAGCGGGAGCUUGGCGAAGUGCGCAAGCGAUCGGAAGAACUCAAGGAGCAGAAUUCGACGCUCGCUCAGCAUCUCGAGACCGCCUCUGCCCAGGCCAUCCAGCUGCAGGCUCGCUCAAGUUCUGCGCAGGGCGCUGCCGAAGGCGACGGCGCAGAUGCCGAGUCAGUCGAGGCCGUCGCAGCUUCGCAUAGCAGCUCGGUCGAGCAGCUUCGCGAGGUCAUUCGCUACUUGCGGCGCGAGAAGGACAUCAUCGACCUUCAGCUCGACUUCAGCAAGCAAGAAACGACUCGCCUCCGUCAGCAGCUCGACUUCACUUCGCGAAGCCUCGAGGAAGCUCGGCAGACUCUGCAGGAGGAACGGUCGAGGGUCGGAGACGCCCUCGCCAGCUCCGCCCAGCACGCCGAGCUUCUCGAGUCGAUUCACACCGCUAAGCUUCUCCGCGAGAGCAACGACACCUUGCGCGACGAGAACGAGACGAACCUGCGCAAGGUCGCGACGCUUGAAGGACAGCUUCGUACCGCACAAGCCGAGAUUGAGCCCCUCAAGGAGCAGGUCCGCAUGCUCCAGGCCGAACUCGAGGCGGCGCAGCAUCAGGCGAAACUGCUCGAGGAGGACAACGAACGGUGGAAGACUCGCAACCAGACGAUCCUCGCCAAGUACGAGCGGAUCGACCCGGAAGAGCUUCAGGUUCUCAAGAGCGAAGUCGAGAAGGUUCAGGCAUCGCUCGCGACAGCCGAAGCCGAGAAGGCGGCCCUCAACAUCCAGCUCGCGGAGCAGACCAAGCUGGCCGAGUCGAUGCGCAGCAACUGGCAGAACGGCUUCGAGCGCUUCAAGAAUCUCCAGGUCCAGGCUCGCACUACGCGCGACGAGCGCAACACCCUCACCAAAACGGUCGAGGAGCUCAAGCAGCAACUCGAAGCUGCGGGUGGCGCCGACGCCAUCGCCGCCGCCGUCGCUGAGGCUCAGGCCGAGUCGAAGCAAGCGCUCGCCGAACUGCAAGCCCGCCUCGAUGCUCUGCAGGCUGAGAAGAAUGCGCUCGAGGCUCGACUCGCCGAGAACGACAAUGCUCAAGGCGAUGCCGUCAAGCCGCUCGAGGAGAAGCUCGUCGCGCUUGAGGCGGAGAAGCAGACCCUGACGGCGGAAAAGCAGACUCUGACGGCAGAACGCGAUCGCCUCGCCGCCCGCGAAGCACCCAUCUUCCGCGACAACCGCGAAAUGAAGGCCGAGAUUCGAAAGCUCAAGGGAGAGCUCGAGACCCUCAAGGCCAGCGUCGCGUCCGACAACGCCGCCGCCAUCGAAUCUGCCGUCCAGACCCGACUCGCCGAAGCCGCUCCCGCACCGGCUGCCCCGGCUGCACCGACCGAAGAGCAGAUCGCCGAAGCCGCCAAGGAGCGCGUCGCUGCUGCCGAAGCCCAACUCACGGCACAGCGCGACGAGGCGAUCGCUCAGGCUGUCAAGGAGGCGACUGCGCCGCUCGAGCAAACCCUUGAGACUCUUCGCGCCGAGCUCGCUGCUGCCAAGGCCGCUGCCGAAGCAACGUCUACUGCCGCACCGGGCGAGUCGACGAGCGACGAGGAUGCGAAGAAGGCGAUCGCGGACGCGGUCGAAGCGUCGAAGAAGGAGAUGGAGGCCGAGUUCGCCAAGGUCAAGGAUGCUGCGACCGCCGAGGCCGUCAAGAAGGAGAAGGAGGCUAUCGAGCGUCUUACUGUCGCCCUCCGCAAGGCUCAACAGCAGGCCAACGCGGCCGCAGUCGCCUCUUCUGCUGCGCCUCCGCCCAACAUCGACGCCAUCGUCAAGGAGAAGGUUGCCGCGAUCGAGAAGGAGCGCACCGCGUCCCAACAGCAGGCGAUCGAGAAGGCCGUCAACGAAGCGCUGAAGAAGCAGAAGGAGGAGCACGAGAAGCUCCUGAAGGAGACGCGGGAGCAGAUCGAGAAGCAGGCGCAAAUGAAGAACGCCCUCCUUCAGAAGACGGUCAACGGUCUCCGCGCGCGCCUCGAAGGCCAACAGAAGAAGCCGGAGGACGGAGCCGCCAAGCCAGCAGCAUCCGCCACACCCGCCGCCGCUUCGCCUCCCGCCCCCGCACCUGCUGCCGGCGCCGCAGCGGCACCGGCGCCAACUACAGCAGUGCCUGCCAAGCCCGCUCAGGCGACACCGGCCUCGGCAGCUCAGCCAGCAGCGCCUGCGCAACAAUCGCAGGCUGGCGCAGCAGCAGGGCGAGGAGGAGCAGCAGCGGGGCGAGGCGGGCGUGGAGGUGCUGCGCGAGGACGAGGAGGAGGAGCUACGCGCGGUGGCAAGGGCGCAGCGUCGCCGCCUGCGUCGUCGAAUGCGCAAGCAGCCGGCGCCGGUGCGGCACGAACGCCUGGCGGCGUCCUCGGGUCGAUUCUCGGCCGCGCGGCGGCUGCGAACGCCUCACAAGGUGCAGGAGCGAAACGUGCGAGGGAGAGUGACGGUGAUGCCGCAGGAGCAGGAGGAACGGGAGGAGACCAGUCGAAGCGGCCGAAAGGAGCGUGA